GGUGCGAACCAGGGCUUAGCAAGAACCGCCUUGCGCCAUGGUGUCCGGGCCGUCGUUCAGUCCCCAUGUCAAGGCGCUGCUGGACCUCCAAGCGGCCGGCGACGCCGCCCUCGCCGGCGACGGAGAUGCCGCGACGGCGGCGGAGCAAUACGCGGCGGCGCUGGCGCGCCUCAAGGAGGUGGGCCAUGAGAUCCAGAGCUUCGAUGUGCGAGCCUUCAAGGCCACGCUCUUGAGCAACCGUGCCCAAGCCUUGCUGAAACUGGAACGCUACGAAGAAGCGCUGGCGGACGCCCAGGCAUCUUUGCAGAUCCAACCGGACAACGCCAAGGCCCAGUUUCGGCGCAGCAUGGCCCAAAGCGGCCUCGAGCAAGCCCAGCGCCGCCGCAGCCAGGGGGAGGCCUUGAAGCAAGCCUUGUUCUGCAAAACCGCUGGCAACAAGCUCCUGACCGAAGGUCAGCUGGAGGGAGCCAUCGCCAAGUACUCCGACGGCUUGGAGUGGCUUGAGGAUGCAGCAGGAGACUCCGCCUGUCGUGACGUGCGGCUGGCGCUGCGCGCGAACCGCUGCCAAGGGCUCCUGCGACGCCGUCGCUGGGCGGAGGCGCUGGCAGACGCAGACUCGGUGCUAGCCGAAGACCCAGGCCAUGCGAAGGCCGGGUACAGGCGAGCUGUGGCGCUGCUGGAGCUCGGACGGCGGGAAGAGGCGGAAGAGGCGGUGAAGCAGCUGGACACGAAGAACCAGGAGGUGGCGGAGCUCCUGCGUCGCUUGCAGAGCCGUGAGGUGGUUGCGCCAGCGAAACCGGCGAAAGAGGAGGAGGAGACGGCCACGGUGGAGUUGGUACGGGGCCGGAGGAUCGUGGAGCCGAAGGUCGAGGAGGGUGCAGAGGUCAAGCGCUUGCUCAAAGAGGCGGAAGCUGCUUGCGCGCGAGGGGACUUCAGGCAGAUGCAAGUCUGUGCCGAGGGCGCUUCUCUGCAUUUGGAGCGGCAACGUGCUGAGGCUGAGGAGCGAGGCGCAAUCAAGAAAGUGGCAGAGCAGCUCCUGUCCGUUCACCUGCUGCAGGCGCGGUGCUUCUUGGCGCAGAAGCGCUUCGAGGAUGCCGGGACGGUGGCGAGGCGCGCCUUGCAGCUCCACCGCUGGGAGGAGGAGCGGCUUGACAGAGACUUCGACCUAUCCCGAGCGCUAAGGGCCUGCGCGCCGCUGCUUGAGACCAUGCAGAGCAUCGCCGAGGCGGCGGACGCCCUGCGUCCGGGGGGCUCCGUGGAUGCUGGUCUGCGAUGCCUGGACCGCCAGCCCCUCGCGGCGGCGGCGCCUCUGCGCGCGGCGCUGCUGGCGCAGAAGGCCGCGCUGAGCCGCGCCGGCGGCGCGGAGGCGGAGGCGGAGGCAGCAGCGCGGCGAGCGCUCAUGAUUGAUCCCAGCUGCCAAGCUGCGCAGGCGAUGGCGACGCCAUCUCGACAGCUUCACAAGCUGGAGGCCCAUGGCCCGGGGAAGUACCUCCGGGAGGCGGUGGCGCGGGCCUGCCGCGAGAAGGACUCCAAGGCAAUGGCUGCAGCGGCGCAGCAAUUCCUGGAGGCCGGUGAGAGCGUGGGUCUCGGCCAUCGCGUCUUCAUCCUCAACCGCCUGGCCAGCGGGAACUUCCGGGACCGCCACUUCUGGCGGUCUGCCGGGGAAGCUUUGGCGCCCCAGCUGCCAAGGCUCCCCGGAGACCUGGUGGGCCUCUUGGCCCACUCCUUCACCGCGGCCUCCGUCGCGCCGGAGCCGCUGGUGCAGGCGAUUGCGCUGCGAGUGUCGGAGGCAACUCACCAAGCAGAAGGACAGUCAAGGCCCAGCGACGGCGAGGCCGGCCUCGAGGGCCAAGCCGCGCUGCAGCUGCCGCCGGUGGCUUUGGCGCAGCUGGCGCAGGCGCUGGCGAGGUGGAAUCGCCCGGAGCUUGAGACCUCGGAGCUGCAAAGUUUGGUGAUCGCCAAACUUGAGCAGAUGCCGCCGCAGUCGGUGGGCAUGAUUGCCAACGCCUACGCGCGUAUGGGACGCUUGGACCGAGGCCUGCUGGCGCUGCUGAGCGAGAGGGCGAGCAAGGGUCUGCCAGCGGAGGAGUGGGAUCACGUGGCUGUGACGCAGCUGCUGAAUGCCCAUGCCAAGGCCGGCAUCUUCGAGGAACGCUUCUUCAAGGCAGCUCUGGACUGGCUCUUCUUGCCCAAUCACCUGGCGUCAUGCUCCCCCCAGUCGCUGGCGGUGGCGUUGCAUGCCUUCGCGAAGUUCCAGAAUGACUUCCGAGGUGAAGAGCGGUCCCGACUCCAGGCGAUGUUUGCGCUGGCUGGCAAGGAGGUGUCCGGCAGGGCGACGCAGUUCAGCGUGCAGAACCUGGUGAACGUUGUCUCUGCCUUCUCUCAGCUCACCAUGAAGGAGAUGUCGAUGCUUCGACCAGUGCUGCAGACUCUCCGAGAGCAGCGCCAGCGAUGGAACUCGCAGGACGUGGCGAACCUGAUAUGUGCUUUGGCACGGCUGAGUGUGUGGGAUGCCCAGACAUUCGUGGCCGCGGCGGAGGUGGCCGCAGAGCUCCAGUUCAACGCGCAGGAGGCGGCGUCUUUGCUGAACGCUCUCGCGCACUUCGCAAAGCAGCGCCCUGACCUGGCGGACGCUGUGCGCGGGGCCUUCGCCCUGAAGGUGAAGCUUGCAACAGGCAGUGACUUCCAGCUGGCACUUCUGCUGAACUCGGUUUCGAAGGUGGCAACAGAAGGAGCAGAGGAGCUGCUGGGAGAAAUGGAGCGAAGAGGUCGAGUGCCCGCGGAAGCCGUAGGCCUCACCUUCGCCGCCCUGGCGCGGCUCCGGCACCUGCCGCCGCCUCGCCUCACCAACGCGCUGCUGGAUCGAUGCGAGGAGCAGCGGUUGGACCUGGCGCGCAGCUUGGGCGUGCUGAUCGCGCUGGCGCACUUGGAGGUGACACCCAGGUCGCCGCUCUGGCCAUGGUGUUGCGGCAUCCUCGAUCGCCUACCUGAGUUGCUGACGGCUCGGCCAGGCCCAUCAUGGAACGUGAAAGCGUUGCCGGCCGCUCUAGACGCUUUGUGUAUGCUCAACUGCUCUCUGCGCGACAGAUGGUGGCGCGUGUGUGUGCUGCUCCUUCCGAUCACUGCAGAGAGUGUGGCGGGGAUCAGGCCACCCAGCGAUGCGGAGCUGCGGCACUGCUGGCAGGCAUUGCUGCAGCUGCGGCAUUUGCUUUUGGGCGAGUUGCUGUGA